AUGGUAUGCUCAACUCCAGGAUUACAGAAAAAUGCUGCUUCCAAAUCCGAAGAUCCGGAAUCUGAAUGCGGAGCUGUUUCUACUCAGUCUGAUCAUACCGAAGCUACUAGGACAGAAGCGGUGCAAAGUGAUGAGCCUUCUUCUUUAAAAGCUGAAGAAAAAGACAACAUGGAGCUUCAAAGCCCACCUCAAAAUGGAAGUGAAAAAGAUCCGAGUGUUGAGGAAAAUGGUAAUGAGGAUGAAGAAUCGGUGGAGCCUAUCGACGUCAGUAAUGAGAGUCAAGUUCAGGUAGCAACUGUACAUCAAUCCAUGCCCAAGACUACUCUCCCUAUCUCCCUAGCAACCGGUAAACCAACAGUCCGCAGCGUCAUUGCCAGUACAAGUGGUGCCUCCGAGGUCGCGAAUACGGUAUCGUCAGAAUCUUCGCCACCACCACCAACACCUCGCCUUUUAUCUUCUCCUCCGACUACCUCAACAAAAUCUCCACCCGCAGACCUCACUGAUCUUCUCGAGCAUUCUCUCGGUUCCUCGGUACCCCUGCUCAAGGAAAUUUUCUUCGACUUUGAGGCUUUUCUUGGAAAGACCCUUAUUGGAUCACAUGGACAGGAUCUUCUCUUCACAGGUGGUCUCAAUGCCCUUCGCAAUUCCUCACUUGCAGUUGAGAUUGUUAUGCUUCUCUGCUCACAGGAGUGGCAAAACUCCCUUCAAAAGCACGCGGGUUUAGCCUUUAUUGAGCUUGUGAACGAAUGUCGUCUCUUAGCUAAGGCGUCUCGCGAGCACUUUAUAAGUGUUGCUCACGAAGCUGACUUUAUUCUAGCCAAA